AUGGGUAUUGGUCUGGGCUUGAUUCUAAAAUUCUACGUCCCUGUGUCCGAAAAUGACCAAGUCUACAUGAGCGUCCCAGGAGAGAUGCUCUUGCAGAUGCUUCAGGCGGCUUCCGUUCCUCUCGUUGUGACAACUCUGAUGACGGGUGUUUGUAGUCUAAGAGUGGAAGUGUCCAGAAAAGUCGUUGUACGUGCAGCAGCAUACGUCAUCUCAACCACUCUUCUGUCUGUGGCUACAGGGUUGGUACUGGUUCUGUCCAUCAAGCCAGGAGGUGCUCAUGCUGUGAGUAAAGAAGAUGCAGGUGGAGAGGCCUUCUCCACUAUCGAUGCCUUGUUGGAUCUAGUACGGAACAUUGUCCCAACAAACCUGAUUUUGGCUAGCUUCCUACACCAAAAGACUGGGAGGAUGGAGGUUGAAUUUGAAGCAGAUGAGCAACCUUCUAGUCUGGAGACGAAUGCAACACAGGUGCGACUUUCGGGCAAUUUUGUCCAAGGCACCAACAUAUUGGGCCUGAUUGUCUGGUCUUACCUGUUUGGCCUGGCCCUCAACAUAAUGGGAGAAGAUGGGAAAGUAAUUGUAAAGGUCCUUACUGGCCUCAACGACUUCCUAAAAGUACUGGUCAACUUGAUUCUGGGCUGCUUGCCAGUUGGAGUGCUGUUCAUGACCACGAGCCUUGUCCUGGAGGUUCACGACUGGGAAACAGUCUUCAAACUGGGAAAGUUCAUGGCAGUGGUUCUUCUUGGGCUUGUAAUCCAUGGAACAUGUGUUCUACCACUGAUCUACUUCCUUUGUACGAGACGUGACCCCCGUGCUGACAUCAAGGUUUUUUUGCCUGCCUUAAAGGCCGCAUUCCUCAACUCAUCCAGCUCUGCCACACUGCCGCUCACUUUGCAUUAUUGUGAGAAGAUCAACAAAGGAAUCAGUCGCUUCAUGCUGCCCAUCGGGACCAACAUCAACAUGAACGGAACUGCCCUUUUCGAAGUGGUCACAGCACUUUUCAUUGCCCAAAUCAACCACAUCCAUCUGGAGAUAGGCCAGCUGAUUACCAUCACGGUGACAUCAGUACUGUUGAGCAUUGGAGCAGCAGGGAUCCCAUCCACAGGCGCCAUGACAACUUUUUUUGUUUUGACAGCGGCUGGUUUACCUGCUAAGGAAGCCUCCUUUCUAGUGGUCAUAGAGUGGCUCCUAGACCGCUGCAACACGGUUAUUAAUGUCAUGGGAGACUGCAUUGGCGUGGCACUUGUUCAUCAGGUGUUGAAAAACGAUCAGGAAGACACAGAGGAGCAAGGACAGGAAAUGGAAAGGAUGCAUGGCAGAGUUGCUGAGACCCAAGCCCCAGAUGACAUCCAGAUCCACAUCAGCCCAUCAGCCCAGGACGAGCACCAGUCCAAAGAGGACUCUGAUCCUGAGAUCCUGUGCACCCCACCAGAAUAUCCCCCAGACAAAGACACGGAUGGCUACGAGUAUGUGUAG